CCAGGCGGAAUUGGCCAUGAAAGUUUCAACCGUCGUCACUUCCGGGCGUGCCGCCCACCGUUUGGACAAGUCCGACACCAUCAGCGGACAUGACCCCGCUUGUCUCGCGCUCUCACAUAUGGUAUUUCGCCGUAUACUUUAGUCGGGCGGAGGCAAAUCUAGCCUGUGUUUUCCGGCCCCUGUCGGCCACACAUCGUCCUUGCAGCUCUGUUAUAUCCAUUUUGCGCCCGUCUUCCCCUGUCUGCACCUGAGCUCCCUUCACCACCCAGUACGCCUCUGCGCCCUACCUCACUCGCUUGAGAAACAUGCCUGUUGUACCACCGGAGCUCUGCGACUACGUUAUUGACUAUCUCCACAAUGACAGGAAGUCCCUAACAGCCUGCAGCCUCACUUGCCGCGAAUGGGUGCCGACGUCCCGUCAUCACCUCUACUGCGAAGUCCUCCUACACAAACCUCAGCUGUUUAUCGCAUUCAAGCGGCUGCUACAGGCGCAUCCCGUCUUAGGUUGCUAUGUCCGCGUCCUCAAAAUAUCCAGGCUGGAGAAGGCUAGCAGCGCAGACCUCGCGCAGAUUGAGGAGGUCCUUCCCAUCCUUCUCCGUUACCUCCCCAACCUGGGGUCUCUCGGAGGGUCCCUGCUCUCAACGUCCGCAAGCAUCCUGCGCAGCGUACCCGAAGAAACGCCCGUGACGGAGCUCUUCCUUCAAUAUUGCGACUUCCCUGCGCUCGAAGACUUCGCGCGGCUGUUCUACUCGUGUCCGAGGCUGCGGAGCCUCGCACUCUGCGGUGUGUCUUGGGCAUCUACGACCUGUGAUGUCCUGCCGCGCGCUCUCGAUGCGCCUGGGCUGCGAAGAUUGGUCCUAGGCAGGGACGUCGACUAUGCCUCUGUCAUUGGCCUACUGCUUCGGGGUGGCCAUCAUCGCAGCAUUCACAGCCUGUCGGUCACCCUGACGUCCGAGGCUGAUGCAUACGCUCUCAGCGUCUUGCUGGAGAACAUCGGAGAGUCGCUGACCGAGCUCGACAUCGAAUGGCACCCGAUGCGUCCUGGGUCGAACGUCGUCUUCUUGCCUAGCUCGCUCAGGAUCCCCUCGACCGUCACGGUCGAGAGGCUGACCAUCCGCAGUGCGAUCUCGCACGCGUACUCCACGCCUUGGGUUACCAGCCUCCUGUCCGCGGUCGAUCCCGCCCGCCUGCGCACGUUCGCGUUGGAGAUCCGUCUGCUCGGGGAGCUCGACGCGCUUGACUGGAAGACCAUCGAGAGCAUCCUGGUGCCGGAGCAGUUUCGUAGCCUACGUGAGGUCGCGGUCAAGGUCAACAUCUGGUCUGGGGUUCACAUGGACCAACUGUCGGUCCGAAACCUAAUACGUCAUUACCUACCUCGAUUGCACUCGAAGGGGAUGCUUCGCUUCGCCUCUUAAGCCGUGUAGAUACUUACGCAAAGUUUGGGUGUGCAAAAGAUCCUCGCCGCAUAGACACUACGAUACUGUUGAUUCUAGUUCGAUAUCUUAUUGCUUACUCACUCUCAACUACUUGCUCUUUGAUGGACGCGUCGUGAAUCUCUGGGCUACAUUCGAUUAUAUUCGUUUGCACUGAACGAUGCAUAACGCGGGGGUAUGUGAUGAGGGUAACAUACUAGCAAGGAC